UGACAUGAAGAGGGCUCUCUUUCAAUAGCUCUCCCACUCAUGUUACUAUUUGAAGACACUCAGUGCUUAGGAGUAAUGGAGUGUUGAAAAAGUGCUUCUUAUUUGUGUCUUAGAGAAAAAUGGGAAACUCGUACGCAGGGCAACUGAAGACCACCCGUUUUGAGGAGGUUUUGCACAGCUCCAUAGAGGCGUCCCUCCGCUCCAACAAUGUGAUCCCCAGACCCGUCUUUACCCAACUGUACCUGGAGGCUGAGAAAUCCCCUUCUCAGGAAGCUGGAAAAGCAGAAAAGGGGGAAGAGGAGGAGGAAGAAGGUGCUGAGUCCAACAGUCCACCCCCGCCCUACCACAUGAAGCCUGCUCCAGAAGGCCGCUGUGCUACAGAUGGGUUCUGUCAGUCAGGAAAAGACCUACGUCUGGCUUUCAUUGCUAGCAACUUACUGGAGGUCCCACCAGGGUUCCUGCUGGUGGGUGCUAGAUCUCCCACUUUGCCAGAUCACAUCUUGGUGUGCUCGGUCGACCGCACCUUCCUUCCAGAUGAGAGAGGUCGGAACGCACUUUUAGGGUUCUCUGGAAACUGUGUGGGUUGUGGGGAGAAGGGAUUUCGCUACUUCACUGAGUUCUGCAACCACAUCAACCUGAAGCUCACCACACAGCCCAAGAAGCAGAAGCACUUACAAUAUUACCUCUACAGAAAUGCUCAGGGGAUGCUGGUCAGGGGGCCCCUCAUCUGCUGGAGAGGAGACAGCAGAUCAAAACCAAGUGCCUCUAGCCCUGGUGUGGGUCACUUGUCUUCAGAUCCUCCCCUGCCCCUGGAGCCAACAUCAGCCACAGGCCAGUACACAGCAGGCAUCUCUACAGAUUCAUUGGCUUCCUCUUAUGCACAAGGUGCCUCCCCUGCCUCCAUGACCAAUGGCAGGGACCACCCCAUGCCCCAGCAGCCCUCACACCAGUCUGGCCUGAUGUCACAGGGCCUGUGCCGGCCCUCUAUCACAGAUUUUGAGACCCAAACAUGUGUUUCCCAGUGCUCCUCAUUCCUGCCACAAGGGGUGUCUGUAACAGUGCCUGAUCAUCUACUUCAUACCUGCAGACUCCAGCCUGUUAUUUUUAAAGGCCAUGGCAGUUUGCCGCCCUUGUGUGGGAACGUGGGUGAGGUGAGGGUGAGCUCCCUGCUGCAGUCUUGCUACAAGAGCUACCAGGCUCUGCCUCGUGUGUAUGAACAGUACAGAGCUUCCCCCAUCCAGCCCCUCUCCACAGAGAUGCAGAUCCUGCUGACCGUCUACUACCUGGUGCAGCUUGGCUCAGAUCAGGUUCCACUGAUUGAUGACCUGGAGCAGAUCUUUGUGCGUUCCUGGCGUGAGGCAAACCUUCCGGAGAUCCGGCAGUGUCAGCAGCCCCUCCCCCCUGGCCCCACCCAGCCAGUCAGCCCCACCCAGCUGCCCUGGCUUGCCAAACUGGCCACCAGCUCCUCUGGGGACAGUGUUUUGAUUCUGGAUGCGCCUGUCUCAUUAGCCGAAGGGCUGAAUGAGACCUUCCGUAGUCUGAUGGAAGGGAAGCUGGCCCGCACUAACUAUGUGGUCAUCAUCUGCACAUUCAAAGGUGGCAACACUGAGUCCUGUGUUGUGGUGACUGGACGUUGCCAGGCCCGGGCUUUGGCUGAGAGCAUGCUCACCCCAGGUGACUGUGCUAAUGAGAUCAGUUACGAGCUGGCAGCUGGGAAGACAGGAGAGCUGGGGGCUCUCCUCCGAUCUUUGGGUCCAGAUGGUGACAUGGAUGCCUUACUGGAGAAAUUCAGGUCAGAAAAGAAUGUCCGUUUGCCACUGUCCAGCAGCCUGGAGCCCUCACAAGAGAACACCAAAGCUACUUGUUCUGAGUUCCUGACAGCAUGGCAUGACAUCCGGCCUGUCCAACUGGCAGUAGCCAGGAAGCUGCUGUCCCAUGUGUGUGCCAUCGCUGACUCCAGCACCCAGAACCUGGACCUAGGCUCCUUUGACAAGGUGGAGUUCCGCAUCUUUACCCCACCUUCUGAGGCCACAUUUCAGCAGAUCGUCUUGCACCUAUGGAACUCAGGCAUACUGAGGGAGCUGUGUCUGGAUAAAGAAUGCCUGUCUCAGAAAGAGGCUGAGCAGUUUGUAGUUAAGCUGGACCCAAAUGCCCAGGGAAAAAUCAACGAGUUCAUUCAAAGUUCUAAGAGGAACCCCUACACUCUGUUCAUCCUGGUUCAUGACCAUGCCCAUUGGGAUAUUAACAGGUCCACCAGGGCAUUCCAUGGGGGGAAACCCAGUACUGGGGUGGUGGACAGUCUGCUGAACUGCACAGAGGUUCAGGAUGCCCCAAACAUCCUCACACUCCAUGUCACCUCGUGUCCCUAUGCUCUCCAGACACAGUGCACCCGCAUCAGCCCCUACAAUGAGAUCCACUGGCCAUCUGCAUCCAACCUUGACGUGGAUAUGUACCACGAGAAGACCAAAUACUUUGGGGUGUCAGAGUUUUUGGAAUCAAUGCACUUAGGGAACGGGCAACCCCUACUUCGAUAUGAUGGCUCCUUCGAGAGCAUGGCUACAGCAUUAGGGGAGAGGUUCCCCAGGUUGCACAGUGCGGUGAUCCGGACCUACAUCCUCAUACGGCACUACACACUGGCACUGAUGGCAGUGUCAGGUCAGACCCAGCUGCAGAAGUACACAUCAGCUGAAACACUGGAGAUUGUGCGGGGUUUAGUAACCUCAGCUCGCUGCUGCCCCAGUCGUCAUGGUCACAUGGUGCUGAUCCGUGUGCCUUCCCCUUCAUUGGCUUCCAUGGCCUAUCAGCGCCUGCGGCAGGCCAGGGAGAGCACAGGGCUGCAGGACCUCUUUGAGAUUGUCCUGGGCGACCCCGGAUCUGCCCUGUCUGUGGGCGAGCCCUUCCUCAGCCAACUCAAGGUGUGGUUAAAGAUCCAGAAUGCUGACUGGUCGCCACAUACCUACCUGGAGCUGGAGGCCCUGCCCUGUAUUGUCAUUUUCACUGGACUGGACCCACAGGGAGAGUCACUGCCCAGGUCUUUGAAGUACUGCGACCUGCGUUUGAGCAGCCCCUCCAACCUACUGCGCACAGACCUAGAGCAGGAGCUGGGGUUGGCCUGCUAUCUGGUGGCGGCUGAGCCUCGUAAUAAUCAAGCAGCCAUCAGUGACCUUUCUGAGAGUGACCCUGAGAAGCUGAGCAGCACUGACAAUGAAGAUGAGGAAGUGGUGGCAGACAUUCCAUGCAUUGUGAAGAGAAGUCCAGUACAGCGACAGAGAUCUCUCUCCCAUGAAUCAGCUGCCUCCUCUCUGUCCUCAAAAACCUCAACAGUGAAUGGAGACCCCCCCAUCCUGGAACAGCCCGGCCCCCCUCCACCCCCUCCAGACAGCAGCACCAUGAACAUGCACGGGCACUGCCCUACCCAGGACCACAGGGGGUCUGAAGAGGAUAAUAGCGCCUCCUGUGGCAUGCACAAGAGUGGCAUCCCAGGCACGUCAAAGCCCCCUUCCUCCAGCUCCUCCUUUUCCAGCCGGAACUCUGAAGCAUCGGGUGCAGGUAAACCCUGCUCUUGGGCUCGCGGUCGCCAGCAGCCACCAGCGGUGUUCCUGCCCAAGGCUGUGUAUGACAUGGUGGUCUCAGCUGAUGCAGGUGGCCUGCCCAGGUAUGCCCACCUCCUGCCGCAUGCGGGUGUGGAGUGGGUCGGCCCCUUCCGCCCACAGCUCAGAAGGGUCAUGACUGCCACGGAGCAGUCCCUCUAUUACCGCCAGUGGACCGUGCCCCGCCCUCAGCACAUGGACAGCUCCAACCAGGCUGUUGGCCACUCCGAUGGAUUCCACCCUCGCAGGCUUUUGCUCAGCGGACCCCCGCAGGUUGGGAAGACAGGGGCUUACUUACAGUUUCUGGGAAUUUUAUCAAGGAUGCUUAUUCGAUUAAUGGAAGUUGAUGUCUAUGAUGAAGAAGAGAUCAACUUAAGUGUACAGCUGGGCUUGGCUCAGUAUCAUCAGAUGGAUGCAGCUUGGCCGAACAUAGAGGUGUUCAGAACCAUGCAUUUCGACUACACUGUCCAUGACCCCAAACAUGAACACAUAAGCCCUGUGCAUUCACCAAACUUCACUCCCACUGGGAAAGGAAACCCCAGACAGAAAGAUGAGGUAUACCUACGCAGACACACCACCAGGAUAAAGCUGUCCAAAUAUGCCGCCUACAAUACUUACCAUCACUGUGAACAGUGCCACCAGUACAUGGGCUCCAGCCCAAGAUACCAGUUGUACGAGUCUACACUCCAUACCUUCACCUUCUCCCACCUGCUACUGGGAGAAGAAAUCCAGCUGUACUUUAUCAUCCCCAAGUCCAAGGAGCACCACUUUUCCUUCAGCCAACCCGGAGGACAACUGGAGAGUAUGAGACUGCCUCUGUGGUCUGACCAGGAUCCAAACUGCAUCAAAAGCCCCAUCUUCACCCCGACGACAGGAAGGCAUGAGCAUGGCCUCUUCAAUCUGUACCACGCCAUGGAUGGCGCCACACACCUUCACAUCCUGGUCAUCAAGGAGUACGAGAUGGCUGUAUACAAGAAAUACUGGCCCAACCACAUAAUGCUGGUUUUGCCCACUGUUUUCAAUGGAGCCGGCAUUGGUGCGGCACACUUCUUGAUCAAAGAGCUCUCCUAUCACAACCUAGAGCUGGAGCGCAGCCGGCAGGUAGAACAAGGCAGCCAGUCACAGGACGUGUGGCCCUUUGUUGUCUUAGCCGAGGACUCCUGUGUCAUGUGGAAUGCCAUUGACUUGGACACUCGAAGUGGUGGUGCUGCAAUGGUGGAGAGGAACGUGUCUCUGAAGCAGGUGCUGCAGCACAUGGAGUCAUCCCCAGAUGUGACGCAGUAUGGGCUGUGUGGGCUCAGGAAGUGGUCCAGCCAGGGCUACGGGCCUGGUCGAAGCAUGGAAUCCUUCACACGCGGACACCUGCACGACUUCAUGCUGUUGAACGUAGACCUCACACAGGACGUACAGUACAACCAGAACAGGUUCACAUGUGAUGACGUGGAUUUCAACCUCCGUGUGCACAGUGCUGGGCUGCUAAUCUGCCGCUUCAACAGGUUCAGUGUCAUGAAGAAGCAAAUAAUCUCUGGGGGACAUCACUCUUUCAUCAUCAAAACCAAGGUGACAGAUGUGCCGACCACAGUCCCUGCCUCCCAGUAUGUCUGUGCCCCUGAUAGCAAGCACUCAUUCCUGGCUGCGCCAGCCCAAUUGCUGUUGGAGAGGUAUCUGCAGCACAGCAGCCAAACUCUGUUCCCCCUCGCGGCCCGAAAUUCCAGCCACCCCGUACUCUCUGUUGACUGUUACCUCAACCUGGGCCCACAGGUGGUGGUGUGCUAUGUCAGCUCCCGCCCUCACUCCAUCAACAUCAGCACCGCUGAGCUGCUCUUCAGUGGACUCCUGCUCUACUUCUGUGACACCUUCGUCACUGCCAGUUUCCUUAAGAAGUUCCACUUCCUCAAAGGUGCCACACUGUGCGUGAUCUGCCCAGAUCGCAGCACGCUGCGUCAGACUGUGGUGCGGCUGGAGCUGGAGGAUGAGUGGAGGCUACGCCUCCGAGAUGAGUUCCAGACUGCCAAUGCCAAGGAGGACCGCCCACUCUUCUUCCUCACAGGAAAACACAUUUGAACAAGUUUCCAGAUUCUAUUGGCAAACCAGAUGGCCAGCCCAUGCUUUCCUUCUAUCCUCCCUACCUUAUCACAACAGGAGUUUCCAGUUGGUAAAAGGAGUUUCCUGUACUACAGCACAAGGCAUCCAUUGCAACAGUAUUGUACUUGGUAUGCUUCUUCAUGCAUUUUCAUAUGAUGCAUCAAAUUUCUACGCUUUAGCUUUUAACUGUAGGGAGACAUAUCUUUCCCUGUUGAGCUGGUGAGUGUAUAGAAUGUGUUUUUACUUUCCACUUGUGUGGACCUGACUGUUGGAAAAUAUGUAUUCCCAAAAGAUACUCUAAAAUGGUGGAUACUCUAGAACUGAUUGGCAAUCCCCAUUGUGCCAUGUUAAUUAAAUGGAUGAUAAUGGAUAAUGAUUAAAAGUGCAACAGAAGAUCACUGCACUGUGGCAUGAAAAAUUGAAGAAACAUAAAUAACUUAUUUUAACUUUACUCUAAUGAACCUACUGACAUUGCACAAAUUACUUGAUCCAGCUCAUGCUGUGGGGCUACCAAAGUGUAAUCAAUAAUGCCUUGGUUAAGGUUUUUUACCACACAUACAACAAGCCAUUUUUUAUGUAGGUAGUACCUUUCAAAGUAAUUCAGUGCAUAAAGUUGUGUGCAUUUUUGGGAGUACUGUAUCUGACACCUGUAUAUAUGCAUAUCUUUAAAUCAGAAUUUUAUCAGGAUUCUUUUUUAUUUAACAGUGACUAUUAUAAAAAUGUUUUAUGUAUAUCUUUGAAUUAACAACACCAAAGAAAAACUUGUGUAUAAGUAGAUAUCUGAGUUUUAAAAAUGUAUUCUUUUGUACCAUGUAAAAAGGCAUAAUUGUGUGAAAUAUACUGUCUGGUUAUGUUUUUGUUCAUUCUUUUUAUAUUUACAGCCCUGUUAAUUAUAGGAAUGCAAGACCAAUUUUUUUAAUACAAUUUAAGAAUGAUGUUCUGUUUAUGUAAAGUAUAUGUAAAUAUAAAGUAUGUUUACAUGAA